CGGGUUCUCUCCGUACAUCGGCUGAAGUCGGUUACUCACCGGUUCUCGUGUUUGUCACAUAUGAGGCCUUGCAGACAUGAGCUAACGAUAAGAAGCUAACGUUUACUGAGAUGUUUUGUGAGCUGCUCCCUCUUUCCAGUGUUAUCAGGACACCACCAGAGAUCGCCUAUUUUUUUUUUUUUUUUUUUGUUUCUUGUUCUCAACUACCACAAGUCACCUAAACUAAACACAGUUUGGAUAAACAUUAACAUUAAUUACUUUUAAGGCAGGUGCUGUUCUUCUAUCUAGCAGCUCUAUUAAGAUUUCACCAGUCACAACAUAUAAUUAUCAAACGAAUAAGGCCAGGCUCCCAGAAAACAUGCAGAACAACCGUCUGUUUUAUCCAUAGACUGGUUUUACCACACGUUACUCCUGAAUGCCAGCUGUACUCAUACAUCACCAGAAGAAAGUGAAGCAGAUUGAGAAGAGAGACUCUGUGUUAACCUCCAAGCAGCAGAUUGACAGACUGCUCAGACCUGGCGCAUCCUACUUCAAUCUCAAUCCCUUUGAGGUGCUGCAAAUUGAUCCAGAUGCAACAGAUGACGAAUUGAAGAAAAGAUUUCGGGCGUUGUCCAUUUUGGUCCAUCCAGACAAAAAUCAGGAUGAUCCAGACAGAGCACAGAAAGCCUUUGAAGCUGUGGACAAGGCAUACAAACUCCUACUGGAACCGGAACAGAAGAAGAGAGCCUUAGAUGUGAUCCAUGCAGGAAAGGAAUAUGUGGAGCAUAUGGUAAAGGAGAAAAAGAAACAGUUGAAGAAGGAUGGGAAACUAUUGGAUGUGGAGGAGGAUGACCCAGAAGUGUUCAGGCAAGCAGUGUAUAAACAGACCAUGAAGCUGUUUGCAGAGCUUGAAAUCAAGAGGAAGGAAAGGGAAGCAAAGGACAUGCAUGAAAGGAAAAGGGCAAGAGAGGAGGAAAUCGAGGCAGCAGAGAAAGCAAAGAGAGAGAGAGAAUGGCAGAAAAACUUUGAGGAAACAAGAGAUGGGCGUGUGGACAGUUGGAGGAACUUCCAGGCUAAAGGCAAGAAGAGCAAGGAAAAAAAGAACAGGUCCUUCCUCAAGCCCCCAAAAGUCAAGAUGGAACAGAGGGAAUGAUGCUGUAAAAUGGGACUUUAUUAGAUUAAACUCACUGUUAUAAAAACCCCAGUUCUGUGUAUCAUCACCUCGUCAUCUGCAGUCAGCUGUGUAGUCCUCAUCACACAGUCAUCUGGAUACUUGUCCAACAACUUCCUCAUCCUGACCCUGACAAACAUCGUUUUGUACGUGGUUUUCUAAUGUACAUAUUUGUGAUCUGGACGCAGAGAUAAAAACCUGCCUCAUGUAAGAAAGAGAAAUGAUGCAUCUGCCACUUCUGUAUCUAACAAGAGAAAAAUGUGGUUUGUCAUUAUUUUCGAUUUCUGUUCUUUAUUUUUUUUUUUAAACUAAAUAAAACUUGGUCUUAACAAGCCUACCAUA